UUCCGAUGAUUAAACCAGUCGAGAGUCGCAGUCGCCGUCGCAGUCGUCGUGAGAAAAUCAUAGCGGGAGUUGUUGCGUGGAAAAGUCGCAUUUUAAUGGAAAAUUGCAGCGUAAAAUGAGCAAAUCGCUGUCACACUCUAUACAAAUAAACAAAGAAUUCAAUUACAAAUAAACGGUGAGAGAGUGAAGAGUGUCAAUUGAGAGAAUUAACAGUGGAAUACAAGAACAACAAAUACAAAAGAAAAAAAAUCUAACGCCAACGCAAGAAAGCGACAACUACAACAACCAGACGAAGACGAAGGCGUCAGCGUUGGCAGCGACGUCAGCGUCAAAAUGUAUACAAUGGCGUUGCAAUGGCAGCAGCAGAAACAGCAGCAGCGCCUCCUCUGAACCCGAACUGAACUGUUGCUAGCAGAGCAGUGGGCGGCGGCAGCGCAGCCCAGCGUUAGGGUUGCCUGCGAGUGCGAAGGAGACAAUUAACCAACUAACAAGCAUUUGCCAUAAAACAGACGAGAUCAAAGCAUCAAUCAUGAGUUAUAUGAGAAGCAGCUGCGGCUCCAGCCUCAAUCUGGAUCAUGCGCUGGCCGCACGCGAACUGGAUCACACGGAGCGCAGCAAUCUGGAGGCGAGCAUCUUCAGGCAGCGUCUACAAGCGGCCGAGAAUCUCUAUCAGCGUAAUUUAGCCGGCCACUAUGGCUGUGUGAAUGCGCUGGAGUUUAGCCAUGGUGGCGAAUACUUGGCAUCUGGUGGCGAUGACAAGCGUGUGCUGCUGUGGCAUGUGGAUCAGACGCUGGCGAGUGUAGGGCAGGAGCAGCCCAAUGUCAUGUACGGCGAACAUGCCAGCAACAUCUUCUGUCUGGGGUUCGAUAGCCACAACAAGUAUAUCUUCUCUGGCGGCAAUGAUGAUCUUGUCAUACAGCAUGAUCUGGGCACUGGCAAGAACUUGAAUUACUUUUCUCACGAUGGUCCCGUUUAUGGCCUCAGCGUGGACAGGACGAGCACGAAUUUGUUCAGCGUCGCCACUGAGCAUGGCGAGAUUCUCGUCUAUGAUCUGCGUGCGGGCAAAACGGAUCCUUUGGCCAUUGCCAAGUUUCGGACGCCAUUUAAUGCUGUUGAAUUUCAUCCACUCAAUGGCAACUUUUUGGCCACCGCCAAUGCUAAACGUGGUGCUCAGCUUUGGGACCUGCGUCAUCACACACAAGCUCUUUGUCAAUACAAUUACAUAACCGAAUCUCCCAGCUGCAUGAGCGUGCGCUUCAAUUGCAAUGGGAGCUUAUUGCUCACCCUGCAUCGUCGCUUGCCACCCAUUUUGUAUAGUCCCAGCUCAUCGGAACCGUUGUGCUCCUUUUAUCAUGAUGAAUACUUUAAUUCCUGCACCAUGAAGAGUUGCACCUUUGCUGGGCCGCAGGAUGAGCUCGUCGUCUCUGGUUCGGACAACUUUAACAUGUUCAUCUGGCGUCUGGAUGGCGUUGAUUUGGAGAAGAAGAAUCAGUGGAUAGAUACGCUGCCUGUGAUUCUGACUGGGCAUCGUUCCAUUGUCAAUCAAGUGCGCUACAAUCGUCAACGCUGUCUACUCGCUUCCUCUGGUGUGGAGAAGAUUAUCAAGUUCUGGAGUCCCUUUGCCCAACAUGGCUGGGAGGGUUCGUUGAUGGAGCCUUCCGAUACGCCUUAUUGCACGCGUACACUGCAUCGCAAUGCGUCGGAUCAUGUGUCUCAGGAUUUCAGCACACGCAAUAUGGAAGAGGAUCAGGUGAUGCUUGCCUUCUUCGACACGUUGGUACAACGCGAGCUGGAAGCGUGGAACUGCAUGAGCAGCACAGGCAAUGCCACUGGACAUCAGACAAUCAGCAGUGACAGCAGCUCAGCCAGCUCCACGGAGCACAGCGAGAGCAGCACACAAUCGGAGGAGGAGCAGAGCGAAGUUGACACCCCCAAUGUUAGUGAACUGAGCUGGCUAACGCAUCCGAAUCGCAUCUUCUAUCUGAUAGCUAAAAAGCGCCGUGCGCUGUUGGAGCUGGCAGUAAAGGGUACCGGAGGACAACAUCGCAAUGUGGAGCAGCUGCUGGCUCGACUGAUGGGGGAACAGCGACAAGUGGCCACACAGGCGCGUAUCAGCGAGUGGCUGGAAGAGACGCAUCGUCUAUUUGGCGAUGACGAUUUACCCACCACAUCCGCUGAGGCGGCGGCAAGGGAACGCAGUCGUCGGGAGUCCAUCUCGCAGCCCGCCAGUCGCAGUCCAAGGAAGCCGCCCGAGCUACGCAAGGUGGAAUCGCUGCAGACCUCUUUUGAGCAGCUGGAUCGCAAGCGAAAGCUGAUGCGUUUACGGUUUGCGGCCAUCAAACGAAGAUGCACGGUGCGACGUCCAAGAGUUGAGGUACAGGAGAAUGAUACUGCUGAUGCCUACGAUGCGGACUGGCCUGAGGAGGAGGAUGAUAAUGUGGCGCCUUUGGCGGCGCACGAAGCUAACGAUGUCAACAACGACGAUGAUGACAGCAACAGCAAUCCUGAUGACAGCACGUCCAACACAUCGAUGGAGGCACAAUUGUCGCAGGCGCCAAGCACCUCCAAUUCACUGCAUUUUCUGCUGGACGCCACCGAGGCCAACAAUAAUAGCCAAAUGGCCGAGAAUAACAAUAAUAAAAUCAACAAUCUAAUCCCGACCACUGGGACCUGUCACUCAGAGACAACCACAUCCACUACGUCCUCCUCGAGUCAGGCAAACAUUUAAAUUCAAUUCGGAGCAACAUGUUUGUGCUCGAUAAAAUUUGCGUUUG